AUGGCGUCGCCCGAAGUGCUGGGGAACCAGCCGCUCGUGAUCGACAACGGCAGCGGCCUCAUGAAGGCCGGCUUCGCAGGGGGCGAGACGCCGCACGUCGUGUUCCCGUCGUUCACGGGCACGACAAAGCACACGCGCAUGAUGCCGGGCGGGGCGUACGACGGCAGCGACGUGUUUGUCGGCAAUCGCGUGCAGCACCACCGCGGGUUGUUUCGGAUCCAGUAUGCCAUGGAGCACGGGAUCGUCACGGACUGGACGAGCAUGCACCGCAUCUGGCAGCACGUGUACUCGAAGGAGAUGCUCAAUGUCCAGAGCGAGGACCACCCGGUGCUGCUCACGGAAGCGCCGCUGAACCCCGUGGCGAACCGCGAGCGGGCGAGCGAAGUGUUCUUUGAAGCGUUCAACGUGCCGUCGCUGUUCGUGUCGCCUCAAGCAGUGCUGAGUCUCUACGCGUCGGGGCGCACGACGGGUGUGGUGCUCGACGUCGGGGAUGGCGUUGCCCACGUUGUGCCCGUCUACGAGGGCUUUACGUUGCCGCACGCGAUCACAAGGAUGGACGUUGCAGGCCGAGACGUGACGCGACACUUGCAGCUGCUGCUGCGUCGAGCGGGGUACAAUUUCCAGACGUCGGCCGAGCACGAAGUCGUGCGCGAGAUCAAGGAGAAACUGUGCUACGUGGCGUUCAACCCGACGAAAGAAGAGCAACUGGAAGCAGAAAAGUCGGCGCUUGCAGUCAAAGACAUGCUCAGCGCCAAGACCAAGGCAACGACGAGUACGUCAGGAGACGACACGUGUGCCUACUACUUGCCCGACGGCACGCUGCUGAAUAUUGGUCCUGAAAAGUUCCGUGCGCCAGAGGUGCUGUUCCGACCGGAGAUCAUUGGGUCUGAGGCACGUGGGGUGCAUGAAUGUCUGGUGCAAGCCAUUAUGAAGUCGGACCUGGACCUGCGCAAGACGCUCUUUUCGCAGAUCAUUGUCUCUGGCGGGUCGACGCUCUUUCCGGGUUUCGGCGACCGUUUGCUCGCCGAAGUGCGCAAGAAAGCGCCCAAGGACAUCAAAAUUCGUAUCUCAGCACCACCCACGCGCAUCUACUCGACAUGGAUCGGCGGCUCCAUUUUGGCGUCGCUGGCAACAUUCAAGAACAUGUGGAUCACCAAGAGUGAGUACGAAGAGUAUGGGGCUUCGAUCCUGCAUCGGAAGACGUUGUAG